AUGAAUGCCUCGCAACGCCGUGCUUAUUCCUUCCAAGUCUUCCGCGAUGUUCCCCCGCUCCGCCAGCUCCGCCGCCAGCUCCUGCUGUCGAACAGGACUGUUGGGUUCGUCCCGACCAUGGGAGCUCUCCAUGAGGGCCACCUGUCUCUGAUCCGCCAAGCCGCUGCAGAGAAUACCGAUGUGUUCGUCAGCAUCUACGUGAACCCGACCCAGUUCGGUGCCAACGAAGAUUUGGAGAGCUACCCGCGUACGUGGGACUCGGACGUGGAAAAAUUGGAAAACCUCAACAAGGAAUUGGAGCAAAAGCGGAGUGCGACGCCGCAGGGCCGCGUUACGGCCAUUCUGGCUCCCACCACGAAAGUGAUGUAUCCUACCUUGCCCCCGACGUCGGAGCCGCACGGGGACGGCUCUUUUGUCACGAUCACCCCGCUUGCGACGAAGCUGGAGGGUAAGUCCCGUCCGGUUUUCUUCCGAGGCGUCGCCACCGUCUGCACAAAGCUUUUCAACAUCGUCACCCCGGACCGGGUCUAUUUCGGCCAGAAGGACAUUCAGCAGUGUGUGAUCAUCCAGCGUAUGGUGAAGGAUUUCCACAUCGAUACUGAAGUCCGGAUUUGUCCCACGGUGCGAGAGUCAGAUGGAUUGGCCAUGAGCUCGAGGAACGUGUACCUGGGAACUCGACGGAGGGCGGUUGGUCUGGUCCUCUACAGAGCGUUACAGGCUGCACAGGCUGCCUAUGAAUCUGGCAAAUACCAGCGAGCAGAGAUCUUGGGGGCUGCGGACGAGGUGACAGCACAGAUCCUCGCCGAACAGAAACUCCUGCCACCUUCCCAGCGGGCACUAUUCGAGGUGGACUAUAUCUCGCUUGCGGACUCUGACUCUCUGGACGAGAUCGACGUGGUGGAUCCGUCCAAAGGAGCGAUUUUGAGUGGCGCGGUAAAGAUGCUGCCAAUCGAGGAUCCCCAACCCGAUGAGGAUACCGGGGUUGGCUCAGGCACGAUCACCGUGCGAUUGAUCGACAACAUCAUCCUCAAGCCACAGAAUGGAACGUUAGGGCUCGGCGAUUCAGGCGGCCCGAACAAAAUUUCCCCUCCUUCCCUCCGCGGCGCAGGAACUAAGGCCGAACAAAACGACGGGAUGCUUCUGAACUUCUCCCUCCCGGACGAGGGCAUCAUCAAGCCGACGACGAAAUUCAAAGGCGGAACUUGGAGGGACCGGCUCUCCGCGAAGAAGAUUGCUCAGCGACGGUCGAAAUUGCCGAACAACAACAAGACAGACAGUAGUAAUCCGAAUCGGAUCCAGGUUGCUGCUACGAGAGGAGGGGGAGGCGGAGGAGACUCGGAAUCGCGACCGCACAAAAGGCAGAAGACUGAUGGCGGGGAAUUUAAGCCCUCGACGACGACUACGGCAGGCGGUGCAACGACUACUGCUGCAGCUGCAGGAGGAGGAGCGCAUCGUCCACGACAAGUCAUUUCCUCACUGUUCUCAUCCAAUCCGACACCCAGGACGGUCACGGAGGCAGACAAGCAGCAGCAUGAAGGGGAAGAGGCCGAUGCGACGGACAUCAAGCCGACCAACGCACCGCUCCUCGACGGAAUCGAAGACUUCACCGCGCUCGGCUUGUCGCAGACCCUGGCGGCCCAUCUCAUGACGAAGAUGGAGCUGAAGGCCCCAACGGCGAUCCAGAAGAGUUCUAUACCGCAGUUGCUGAAGGAGCAGAACGACGCGUUCAUCCAGGCCGAGACGGGUUCCGGAAAGACGCUGGCUUAUCUCCUGCCGCUGGUGCAGAGGAUCAUGGCUCUGAAAAGUAGCGACAGCGAUGGGACGGGCAAAAAUGGCAUGAUUCAUCGAGAUACGGGCUUAUUCGCCAUCGUUCUCGCGCCGACGAGAGAACUCUGCAAACAGAUCUCCGUCGUCUUGGAAAACCUGCUUCGCUGCGCGCAUUGGAUCGUCGCGGGGACGGUAAUCGGUGGGGAGAAGAAGAAGUCGGAAAAGGCGCGACUGAGGAAAGGGCUGAAUAUCCUGGUUGCUACACCGGGCCGUCUGGCGGACCAUCUGGAUAAUACGCAGGUGCUCGACGUCAGCAACGUGCGGUGGCUCGUGCUCGACGAGGGCGACCGACUGAUGGAUCUUGGGUUUGAGGAAGAGAUACAGGGGAUCGUGAAGAAGUUGGAUGCCAAGCAGCGACCCAGCAAGGUUAUCGGCUUGCCGGACAAGCGGAUGACGGUGCUCUGUUCGGCGACGUUGAAGAUGAACGUGCAGCGACUUGGGGAGAUCAGUCUGAAGGACGCGGUGCACAUCAAGCCCGAUCCUGCCGGCGAGGCGCAGCAGCAGCAGCAGCAGCAGAAGGAGGAAGAAGGAGAAGGAGAGGAGAAGAAAGACGGAGAAGGGACGGCCUUUAAGGUGCCCGCCCAACUUAAGCAAUCCUACGUGGUGACCGCAGCCAAGCUGCGCCUGGUCACGCUUACGGCAUUGAUGAAACGAACCUUUAUGCGCAAGGGUUCCGUCAUGAAGGCCAUCAUCUUCGUGUCCUGCGCGGACUCUGUCGAGUUUCAUUUUGAAGAAACAUCCAAGAAUUCCUCCAUCACCUCCUCCCAUCGCACAAUCGCCCCUGCAACCGCUUUCUCGAACCCCUCGAACCCCGUCACGAUAUACAAGCUGCACGGCUCGCUGCCCCAGCACGUCCGGACAUCGACCCUGUCGGCCUUUGCCCGCAGCCGGGAUGCUGCUGUCCUGAUCUGCACGGACGUCGCGUCGCGUGGUCUGGAUCUGCCGAAUGUCGACUUCGUCGUCGAGUACGAUCCCGCCUUCAGCGCGGAUGACCAUCUGCAUCGGAUCGGGCGUACGGCGCGUCUCGGCCGGGACGGUCGCGCGCUCAUCUUCCUGCUUCCCGGGUGUGAAGAGGGCUACGUGGAGGUCCUGAAGCGUGGGUACCGGGACGGAGGCAAGGCGCUGUCUCGCACGGAUGCGAACGAAGUCCUGAAGCGCGGAUUUGGCGGGAACGUCGACGCAGCGAGCAAGGACUGGGAAGCCAAAGCCACCGAGUGGCAGCUCGAGGUCGAGCGGUGGGCAUUGGAGAAUCCCCAAGCGCUCGAGCUGGCCCGCCGGGCUUACCAGUCCCACAUCCGCGCGUAUGCCACCCACGUCGCCGCGGAGCGGAGCAUGUUCAACAUCAAGGAGCUGCACCUGGGCCACCUGGCCAAGGCCUUUGCGCUGCGGGAUCGCCCGUCCAAGAUCAACGUGCCUGGCCUGCGGCCGGGCAAGGAGCAGACGAAGAAGGAUUUCAAGGCAGAGCGGAAAACGGCGAAAGCGACGACCUCGGCUGCUGGCAAGAAGAGGAAGAAGGCUGCUUCUGGCGGCCGGGCUGAUGAAGACGAUGACGACGAUAUCCCUCGCGCAAUCAACAGCGAAGACGCAGCGAGUAAGAUGAGAGCCAAGAUGAAGGAGCUGAUGGGUGGUGUCAGCGAGUUCAAUCUGGCCUAG